AUGCUGAGGGUGGUCCGCCACAGGUCGCAUGGAGCGGACUUGCAUGUAGAGGGGCAGUUAUUUCAACACCUCACACCCUUUCCUCCCGUUUCCAUCCUCGACAGCUGCGAUCCCACAUCCACCGAUCCCGUUCCCGUUCUCAACUUCAGCAACUCUCCUUAUCGCAAUCAACCUGCACCGACUCUACUACAACGUCAAAGCAACUCGCAGCUAUUCAUCAUGGACCGUAUCAAGGAGAAAAUGAACCAGCUUCGUCUGGAGGCCGACGAUAACGCCGCAAAGGUUGAGGAGCUCCAGACCAAGGUCAAGUCUCUGGAGCAGGAGAACCUGUCCAAGGAGCAGGAGAUCACCUCCCUGCAGCACAAGAACGGUCUGCUCGAGGGCGAAGUCGAGAAGCUUGAGACUGCAGUUAAGGACUUCAAGAAGGCUGCCGACGAGAGCGCUGGCACCGGCACACAAAACGAGACUCUCCAGCGCAGACUCCAGCUCCUCGAGGAGGAGGCCGAGGAGGCGGACAAGACCCUUCGGGAAGCCAACGAGAAGCUCCGACAGACCGACGUCAAGGCCGGCCACUUCGAGCGCAAGGUCCAGGCUCUCGAGUCGGAGCGCGACCAGUGGGAGUCCAAGUACGAGGAGAUGGCCAAGAAGUACGCGACGGUCCAGAAGGAGCUCGAGGACUUCCAGGCCGAGAUUGGCAACAUCUAA